ACUAAAUAUGGAGAGUGACAGAAAGAGAGACUUUCAAAACCUUCAUUAUCGACCUUCUGAAACUAGCCCUAAAAUAACAUCCAACUCUAUUCCAACACCUGGUUCUGAAGACCCGUCCGACAUUGUAGAUAGAUUUUUUACUCCUCAAUUCUUGUCUCAAAUGGAAGAUACUAUUUUUCGCCGGGUCAGUAAGGAAUUUGAUAGAAAGCUUCUGUCGUCUUACACUGAUCAAUUUCUUCUAUCGUUAUCUUCAAGCGCUAUCCAACGAAAUAAUCAUAACAAUGAAGAAACAACCAAGUUUAGUUUAUGUUUUCUCAACCAAAUUCCUUCCACUAUUUUUACCAACAACGAGAUAGAAACGGGCAAUGGUGAUGCAUUACAAGUUGCACUUAUUGAUGUCAAGAAUUCCAAUGCCAUCCUCUCCAACGGACUGUUGUCGAUAGCACAAAUUGAGGUCAUCGUCCUCGACGGAGACUCGGACGAGUUCAUGAGCCGAAACAUUUUGUCUCAAAGGAAUGGAAAAAGGCCAUUAAUCGUGGGUAAUGAUUUGAAACUUCAUCUCAAAAAUGGAGUUGGGGUCAUCAAGAGUUUGAGUUUCACUGACAAUUCAAGCUGGGUGAGAUCCAAACAAUUUAGAUUAGGAUUAAGAAUUGUGGAUGACAAAACUCAUGGCAAGUUUCCAAGAAUUAGAGAAGCUGUAUCUCAACCAUUCAGAGUCUUAGAAAAUCGAGGAGAAGGGAGCAAGAAGCACCACCCUCCACAAAGGGAAGACGAGAUAUGGAGAUUAGAAAGAAUUAGAAGAAAUGGUGUUUAUCAUAAAAUCUUAUCUUCUCAAGGCAUCAAAACGGUUGAUGAUUUUUUAAGAACUUAUGAAGAAAAGGGUCCUCUUUACUUAAGAAAGUUACUUGGUAAGAAUGUGUCAAACAAGUCAUGGAAUGCAAUGGUCACUAAUGCUAUGGAAUGUGUCCCUCUUGUCAAAAGCUUUGCUCCAAGCUUCAAGAGGCAAGAUUUGCUUGAAUAUGAAGGCAUGGGAAGUGAAGGUUUUGAAGAAAACUUAGAAGUAAGUGAGCAAAGGAACUCAAGUGAUUGGAAUAAGAUUUUAGAAACAACAUUUGAAGAAUGGGAGCCCAUGCAAGAAGCUUCAACUUCAUAUAAAUACAACCCAUGAAGUGGAAGAUGGAAAUGCAUAUUAUUCUGCAACCAAUACUAUCUAUGUCUUUUGUUUUACAUAAGCAAAAGAGGUACUUUCAAAUAUA